AUGGUCGCAAUACCCACCCUCUCUCUCCUAUUGGCCCUGGCGGAGUGGGCAGGACUGGUCACGCCCUCCCCACACCUCUUGCUCCGCCCCCGGGAGCGGGAGAGAGACCCGGGGACUGUAAUGAACUUCAACAUCGCUGUGAUCCACGCGGGGGCCAGCGUGCAGGUAGAGGCGGCGGCCGGGCCCGGGGGAAGGGUGCUCUACCCUGGGUUUGGUCGGGCACACAGCUCCCUGGGGGAGAGCGUGAUCACCCAGUGGGGCUCUGCAAACGUCAUCUGGCUCCAGGUGAAUGACAGUAGUCCUAAGACUCUGCUGUCCCAGCUGUGUGACCUGCUGUCAGCGAGGCCCCUACAGGGCCUGGUCUACGAGGAGGAGAGGCCACCACCCACCGCCUGGGGACCCCUGGCCCCCAUGUUAGAGUUUGUCUCUGCUCAGACUGGACUACCCAUAGUGGCUGUAGGAGGAGGAGCAGGGCUGGGGAGGAUGCAACAGGAGUCAGGCUCCAUCUUCCUCCAGUUCAUCUCCACCAGCCUCCAGCUGGAGGUCAUCUUCAAAAUGACUAGAAAUAACGACUGGACCAUUUUCUCAGUGGUGUCCACCCGUCACCAUGGCUACCAGGACUUCCUGUCGGUGGUGGACGGCCUGACGGACGGCUCGUUCAUCGGCUGGGAGAAGAAGAGCGUGGUCAUGCUGAACGUGACGGACGACCCGGGAGGGGCACGCACGCGUAGGCUGCUCAAGGAGAACGAGGCGCAGGUACGUCUGCUCUACUGUUCCCAGGAGGAGGCCGAGCUGGUGUUUAAAGCAGCUUGGGCCGCGGGUCAGGCUGGACCCUCUCACAUGUGGUUCGCUGUGGGGCCAGCCCUGUCCGGCCUUGGCAUGGAUGGUCUCCCCAGGGCCCUGUUCGCCGUGCGUCCGCAGGGCUGGAAGGACAAGCCCCGCAUGAGGAUCGCCCGGGGCGUGUCCAUACUGACCCAUGGGGCGGUGGCACUGCGCCGCGACUAUGGGGCCUCUGGAGGGCCAAACUUUGUCACCAACUGCAUGACGGAAUCCAAUCAAACACACAGGGUGCGGGGGAGGAUGAGGUAUUUCAGCAACAUCACGUUGGGUGGCAGAGACUACUCUUUCGACAGUGACGGUUACCUGGCCAACCCCGUCCUAGAAGUCAUCUCCUAUACACCUGGCAAAGGCUGGGAGGAUGUAGGGAUGUGGGAGAACGGUAAGUUGGAUUUGGUUUAUCCAGCGUGGUCGCGUUACGGUCCAUUCCUCCAACCGCCUGAUGGCGCCCAGCACCUGCGCGUGGUCACUCUGGAGGAACGUCCGUUUGUCAUCGUGGAGCUGGCUGACGCCGCCUCCAACACCUGCAUCAGAGACUCUGUACCCUGCCGACGACCCCUCAACACCAGUAUUCCUGUCCAGGAUCCCCCAAAGAAACAGUGCUGUAAGGGCUUCUGCAUCGACAUCCUCAAACGAUUGGCCAAGAUCGUGGGUUUCACCUAUGACCUCUACCUGGUGACCAAUGGAAAGCACGGGAAGAAGAUUGAUGGCGUGUGGAACGGCAUGAUUGGAGAGGUGGUGGGACAGCGAGCAGAUAUGGCCAUCGGAUCCCUCACCAUCAACGAGGAGAGGUCAGAGGUCGUGGACUUCUCCGUCCCCUUCGUGGAGACGGGCAUCAGCGUCAUGGUCUCCCGUAGCAAUGGAACCGUCUCACCCUCUGCCUUCCUGGAGCCCUACAGUCCAGCGGUGUGGGUGAUGAUGUUCGUCAUGUGCCUGACCGUGGUGGCUGUGACCGUCUUCAUAUUUGAGUUUUUCAGUCCAGUCGGCUACAACCGCAGCCUUUCCAGCGGAAAGAAGGCAGGAGGCUCUACGUUCACCAUAGGAAAGUCUGUGUGGUUGCUGUGGGCCAUUGUGUUCAAUAACUCGGUCCCAGUGGAGAACCCCAGAGGAACCACCAGUAAGAUCAUGGUGCUGAUCUGGGCCUUCUUCGCUGUCAUCUUCCUGGCUUCCUACACAGCCAACCUGGCUGCCUUCAUGAUCCAGGAGGAGUACAUAGACACUGUCUCUGGACUCUCAGACAAAAAGUUCCAGCACCCCACAGAGCAGUACCCCCCUCUGAAGUUUGGCACGGUGCCCAAUGGAAGUACAGAGAAGAACAUCCGCAGUAACUACCCUGGCAUGCACCAUUACAUGGUCAAAUAUAACCAGAGAGGGGUGGAGGACGCCAUUAACAACCUCAAGACUGGGAAGUUGGAUGCCUUUAUCUACGAUGCAGCUGUGUUGAACUACAUGGCCAGGAAAGACGAGGGUUGUAAGGUGAUGACCAUAGGCUCUGGGAAGGUAUUUGCCACCACAGGCUACGGUAUCGCCCUGCACAAGAACUCCCGCUGGAAACGCCCCCUCGACCUGGCCCUGCUGCAGCUGGUGGGAGACGAUGAGAUUGAGAUGCUGGAGCGUCUGUGGCUGUCUGGUAUCUGUCACAAUGAUAAGAUUGAGGUGAUGAGCAGUAAGCUGGACAUAGACAACAUGGCGGGUGUCUUCUACAUGCUGCUGGUGGCUAUGGGGCUCAGUCUGCUGGUAUUUGCCUGGGAGCACCUGGUCUACUGGAGGCUCAGACACUGCAUGGCUACCAGCUCCGGGAGACUGGACUUCCUACUGGCCAUCAGUAGGGGCAUGUACAGUUGUUGUAGCUUUGAGGAUGAAACCACGCCGGGUGGGGCCAAAUCCUCCAUGGCUAUGCUCCCCCACCAUCAUGGCACCAUGGUAACAGUCCCGCCCCCGCCACACUUGGUCGGUGCGUCGUCAACCAACCCGGCCCUGACCAUGGCGCAGCAGCAACAGUCACAGCCCGUCUACAAAACACAACUACCUGGAUCCCCUCCCACCGUGGUGCAUUCUGGGACGGCGCUGGGGCCCUCCAACACUCCCAUGCUGGGGGCGCCCCUGCCCUGCUCCACAUUCCUCCCCCGGCCCGAUCGCAGACUGGCCGUGGUGGACCGCUGGAGGCUGCCCAAGGCUGGGACCGCCACCAACCCCAUGGCCGUGCGCGGCACCGUCGCAGACAUGGGACCCUUCCCCCAGAAGGUGGCUCCAACCUGGGGCACGACAGCUGGAGGAGUGGGGGUUGGUGGUGGUGGUGGUGGUGGUGGUGGGGGGCUGGAUGGAUAUAAACGCUACUAUGGACCCAUCGACCCUGAGGGUCUGGGGCCCUGUAUGGACCAGCCGGCAGGGUCCCAGACCCCCAAAACAGGGAAGGGAGGGGUCAAACCUUUGGGGACGCCUCGGCUGCCUCCUAAAAGCCAAGCAGUGGGCGUGACCCCAGUCCCUCUGCCCACUAACCCCCCGCUGCCACAACCCUCCCCCCCUCUCCCCUCAUCCUUUUGGAGGAAGCGCCGGCCCAAGAAGCCCAAAGAGCCAGGCGGGCCUCUGUACGAGAACAUCCUACCGCUGGGGCGCAGGGGAGGAGGAAGGGAUGGAGCGAGGGAUGGUGGAGGGAGGAGGGGACGCCCCCUCUCACCUCCUCUCCCACUCCCCGUAACCGUGCCCAUGUCCCCCACCUACACUCCCCCUUCCCCCUCCACCUCACUCCCCUACACCAGCUCAACUUCCUCCUCUUCCUCUAACACAUCGUCCACCUCUUCCUCUACCUCCUCCUCUCGCUCCUCCUCUCCUUCCUCCUCCUCCUCCUUGACCUCUCAGAGCACGCGGGAAGGUUUGGACGCAGAGGACGAUGAUGAGGAUGAGGAGCUGACCGAGGAGUCCAGUCUUCUCCUGGGGAGGGGGAGGGACAGACAGCGUUCAAUUAUCUCCUCUCGCUCUCUCAGUCACGGGCGCCAGCCACCACCUAUACCACCCCGAAAACCACGCCCUGCCCGAGGGGAGAGAGACAGGGAGAGGGAGAGAGGAGGUAGCCAGUUGGCCCAGUUACAGGAAUGGUGGGCGGGCUGGGGUGAGAGAGAGAGGGAUCGCAGUGGAGGAGUAGGAAAUGACGAGAGGAAACGAGAGAAGAAGAGGAGGAAAGAUAAAGAGAAGAAGAAAAAGAAGAAGAAGAGGAAAAAGAGGGAGGACAGGGAACGAGAGCGAGACAAAGAGAGGAAGAGACGGAAGGUGAAAAAGAAGAGGAAGAAGAAGGCGCUGAAGAAGAGGAAGAAAUCAACUGGGCAUUCUGAGCAAGAAGAGGGGGAUGUGGAGGCAGAGAGGGAGGGAGUGGGGGAUGGAGGGAGAGAAGGAGGGAUGCCAGACUACUCUUCCUUUCAAACCCAGUAUCGUAGUACGUUUGGGGAGAAAGGGAGAGAUUCAGCAUGGGCAGGAGAGAGGGAGCGAGGAAGGAGGGAGGGAGAAGAGGACGAGGGGGGUGAUAGAGAGGAGGAUAGCAGCAGGAGCAGGGAGAGGCGGCCCAAAUCAUCGCGUUCCCACUCCAGACAUCGACCCCCCAGUAAGCUCUACCCCAAACUCCCUGCCUCGGUCAAGUUCUGGGUGAGUGGAGGAAACGGGGAAGGGGGGGACCCCAACUCUGGAACACACCCCUCCUCCCUGCCUCCCCUCAUCCCACUAUCCAAGAGGCGGAGGAGUGGAGGGGUGGAGAGAAGGGAGGGAGGGAGAGAAGGAGAGAAGAGGCCUCUGUUGAUGCACUAUGAGAAAGGCAGGGCUAACAUCCAGGAGGGGCUCUCCUUCCAUGAGUGGGACUCUGAGGAGGAUGAUGAGGACGAUGUGGGGGAGGAGAGGCAGAGAGACAGAGCGAGGAAACGGGUGGAGGAGAGGGUGAGGAGAGCGGGUGGGAGAGGUGCUGUGUCAGAGUCAGAAAGAGACAGGGCAAGAACAGAGGAGAGUUACUCUGAUGAGGGCUCAUCAGGGGAGUUUGGGCGAUUUGAGAGGUACUGGGAGGGGAGGGAGGGGGCUGGAGGACCAGGGAGUAGUGGGAUAGGGGGGAUAGGGGGAGGGAGCUGGUUUUUCGGCACAUACCCCUCCAGAGAGAAAGGGGGCAGCAUCAACAGCAGAGACGACUCUAUACUAGGGAGAGUGGAGGGCUGGGGGGGGGCGGGGGGAGAUUCUUGGGGUUCAGGGCCAGGAGUAGGGUGGGCGUCAGGGGGAGGGAGUGGAGGUCUGGGGUCCCAGUGGCCCCCCCCUCCAGCAAACCUCCCGCCUCCCCGACGGUACUGGUCUGUCGACAAACUCCCAAUGAAGGGAGAGAAGAAGUGGAAAAGGGGAGGAAGGGGGAAGGGCAAGGGACGCGCACGAGACAGAAACCAGGGGUCUGGGGUGUCAUGUUCAUGUAGUCAGUACCCCCACCCCCAUGUGCACCCGCACCCCCAAGGGCGGUCACACGGCCAUGGGAAGAGAGGAAGCACGGCCCUGUCCCACAGCCAGGAGGAGCUGCUCCCCCACUGCCACAGCUUCAGCGGGGGCUCACGGCCCAAACCCCCUCCCAAACCAGACCAGGGCCAGGCCAAGUCAGGCAGCCAGGCCAGUCUCAGCACACAGCAGCCAGGAGUGUUAGUGGAUCACCCCCCUCAGCCCUCCCUCUCGCCCCCUCAACCCCAACCUAGUGCCCCUUCCUCAUCCUCCUCCCUGCCGGUUCCCAUCCCUCCUCCUCCCUCCUCGUCCUCUGCCUCGGUCAGUGCUAAGCUCCUGUACCAGAGACUACGGUCAGUACCUCAGCCCGGACGCGUCUACUCCCCCCACCUGCCACUCAAGGCCAAGAGCCUAUGCUCCCGACGAGGCUCCGCCCAUUUCUCCAGCCUGGAAAGCGAGGUAUGA